GAGACCGCGGGGGCGCGGGUGGCCAUGGCGCUGUAUAAAAGCACCGGCCGGCGGCCACAAGGCAUCAGUCCCCCACCUGAUCCGCUCCCAGACACACACCGACCUCCCCGAUCAACAUGAAGACGUUCGUAGCCGUCUGCCUGCUGGCCUGCGCCGCCGCCUUCCCCCAGGAGUUGGCCUCGAUCGAAGGCUCCGGCGAGCCGCCCGUCGAGAUCGUCGCUCGCUCGUCCUCCAACAUCGACAGCAGCAUCUUCAGCGACGACAUCCUGCGCUCCGAGUUCGAGAUGGCCGACGACGGCCAGUUCCAGUACGGCUUCGAGACGAGGGACGGCAUCGUUGUCGACGCGGCCGGCGAGAACCGUCAGAUCGGCGACGGCGUCGGUGCCGUGAUGCGCGGCUCGUACUCGUACACGUCGCCCGAGGGCAUCGACGUGACCAUCAACUGGGAGGCGGACGAGAACGGCUUCCGCGCCAGCGGCGACCAGGUGCCGGCGGUGCCCGAGUACGUGACGCGGCUGCCGAAGACGCUGCCGGCCGAGCCGCAGGCGGCCGGUGCCGUCGGUGCCGCCGAGCAGGCUGUGGCCGCCGUGGAAGAGGAGGCCGCCGCUGCCGCUGACGCCGCCGCCGUCUCUGUUCCCGUGGUGUCGGCUCCGGCGGUGGUCGUGGCCGACCCGGCCGAGUCUGUCGUUCCCGACGAGAGCGCGUUCAUCGUGCUGGAGGCCGACUCGGAGACUGCUGAGCAGGAGGAGCUGCUCAGUUAGAGACGCCGAGCCGUCCGGUCCCCGAGACUCAUCGUGUCGGCCCGCCGGGUCCGGCGCACACCACCAUAUCAUCGUCAGCUGUCAUCUGUUAAUGUGUGAUAUUGACGCGCCUCAUAUUCAAUAUGGAAACAGAUCAUGUUCUGUUGGCUGCUCCUUGACCUUCGUGUAUGUGCCAUGGAGUGUGAAUGAAUGACAAUACAUUACUGAA